UCAUUGGGCAUUGUCAAGGUCACUCACUGGCUGUCACACAGCCACAACUCUUCUCUCUCUCUCUCUCUCUCUCUCUCUCUCUCUCUCUCUCUCUCUCUCUCUCUCUCUCUCUCUCUCUCUCUCUCUCUCUCUCUCUCUCUCUCUCUCUCUCUCUCUUCCACAGUGAUGUAAUCACAGAAAGUGAAUGAGAGACAAGGAAUGCUGGGUGGAUAUUGUGGUACUUGCCAUGCCAACUAGCAGCAGUGUAUCAACCACAGAAAGUGAAUGAGAGACAAGGAAUGCUGGGUGGAUAUUGUGGUACUUGCCAUGCCAACUAGCAGCAGUGUAUCUGAAGAUGGCUUGCAACAAGGAUUAUGGCUCAUAACUCGAGGCAAAAAAAAUGACCAAGCGACAGCUCAUAACUCAGAAAACUCAUAAGUCAAGGUACCACUGUAUAGAUCUCGUGUAAAUGUUGAGUUCACUGUAUCUGUCAUCAUAAGGUAAUAUCCAUAUUCUUCAUUAUCUGAGGAGAGUCACCCAACACUUGGUCUCCUUGGCAAUAUCUAUUGCCAGUUGAGACUAACCCCAUGAGUGCCUGCUUGAACUUGAAGUUACCCUUAGGCAUAAUAAAGCAUGUGAGAUCUUGGUUCUUGUCUGCCAUCCUGAUUUGAAAAUACCCCAUUUUGGUGUCCAUAGUGAUUGUUCCUCCCACCAAGGCAGCAGCUUGGGAGGAACACGGUGAAGGCAGCAAGCAACAGGACGAAGGAAGGCAGGAGUAAUCAAUGCAGCAGGUGAAGGUGAUCUGAUUUAUUAGGGAGGUGGCAACCCUUAAGUAAACAUGAAGUUGACAUGACACAACAGAAUCAUUUCAUUCAAAUUUAUCAUAUUAUCACAAAUCCAGCAAAUAACAAAGUAGGUACAUUAUCAAUUCAAAAUACACAGAAACAUAGAUAAUAAUAAAGUCAGUAUCUUGGCACGAAUACAACAAAAAAGUAGCAACACCUAUUAUUCUUUUAAAUUUAAUGGAAUACUCAGGAAAGCUUAAUUCAACACCUGCAGACCCAACAGUGAUCAUCCAAGUUGGUUCUAAUCAUAAGAAAGUCAUGGCAUUGUGAGGGGACUGCACAGGGUAUGUUGCAACCUUCACAGCAAUUGAGACAACCUUACACUAGACAGUUUCUUUGCUAUCAGGAGAAUAGGAUGGCACCAGGCUGUCAGGUAGUCCACCAUGGCAAUUAUAUAAUUGGUGAGCAGAUCAUCCAAGUGAACUUUAAUUUCCACAUGCCAUCUGUAAGGAAUCAUGUGAGAGGUGAACUUUAAUUUCCACAUGCUAUCUGUAAGGAAUCAUGUGAGAGGCUGUGACUGGAAAGGGUAUGGCAUUCUCUGCAAGUUGGAUGUAUAUGGAGUCUCCUUCCAUCUCACUUAACAUGUGAGGCACCAAACACUCUAGGGAAUGCUUUGAUUAUUGUGGUAGUGUGCUCUACAUUAAUGGAGAAGAAACUUUAAUAUGUCAAGACUUCAGAUAUCUCAGAACCAUAUAAAAUAAAAAUGGCUCUCUAGAGAAUGACUUUGAAAGUAGGCUUCAAAAGAGUUACCAACAAUGGAUUGAUUUUACUUCGGCAAAAUCACCUAUCUGCUGGGUGGACAUUUCCCAUGAGAGAGAGUGCGUCACGCGCUGCCGGCAGUUGUUUGCUGAUCGCCGCGUCGGGCAGACACGGUCAUUCUGGGUCAUACGGACUCCCAAGUUUUUGCUGUUUUCUUUCAGAUAAGGCCACGAUACUUGUUACGCAGGUACAGUGCCUUCAACUUCGUUACCCGUUUUUGGGGCGAGUUGUAUUAUUGGUAUAUCGGUCUCCACUGACGAUGGAACUGUGUGGGAAGCUUACGGCUUUGUUCUCCUUAUCGCAGUGCGGCAGCCAUGUCGGAGUCUGGUGAAGCGUCCUCUGCCUCUCGAUCCCCUUCCCCUCCUGCCCCACGUGCCUUCUGUGGGCCUUCUCCUCUCCCUGGGUCCACUGUUCGCACUCAAGAUGACGACGACAGGCACAGGGAUCAUUCAUCUCGUCGCUUGAGUGGGAGGCAUGGUUGCGUGAGAUUACGUAACAGUGCUGACGCACGUGGUUCCCACGGCACUUCUCCUGCUCCUCCCCCUUGGUCAGUUGUGUUGGACACCUUGGCUGAUUUGCGGGGUGAAGUGGAGGCCUUGCAGGCAGACAGACGGCAACUACCACCCCCUACUGGGUCGGCGCAGGUGACUGUGGAGGACAGUACUCUGGGGGGCUGGGGUUUGUCGCCUCCUUGUUCUGCCACUUUUUCUGUUUUCUCGGCCAGGAUGAGUGAGGAUGAGGCAGUGUCGAUGCCUGCCGCCCCUGCUGACAGCACCUUAAUUCAGGGCACUAAGGCCUUUGGUCCUUCUGACACACUUUCUCUUUGAUAAUGGUAUGAGAGAGGAGGACCACAAGGCCAUGUGUGAGGACGAUGUUGUCAAGAGGCCUAAUAACUGCCAUGCUCUUGCGCCAGUGGAAUGCAACCCACAGGUGUUGGAGGCCCUGAAGCUGGAUGCCAGGAAGACAGACUUCCGCUUGAAGGAGGUAAAUAAGGACAUCCUGCGGGCUUCAACCAUUAUCACCAAAUCCUUAGUGGCACUGGAUGAUUUGGCUGAACAGGAAGGUAACCCCAAGUUGGCACAUGAGGUGAGCAUGCUAAAUGGUGCAUUGGCAUUGCUAGGCAAUGCCAAUCACAGGAACAAUUUGGCCAGGCGUUUUGUCAUGAAACGCGAGAUAAACUAUAAAUAUGCUCAUCUUUGCUCAGAUAAGGUGCCAAUUACUCGCUUUCUGUUCGGUGACGAUGUGUCCCAGUCUGCCAGACAAAUUGAGGAAGCGGAGAAACUGCGGAGUAAGUUCUCGCAGAAAAAGCCUGCCUUUACUAGCAAGUUCGCAGGUAAACGCCCUGGUGGAUAUUGGAACAAGCCUGCUAGUAGGGGAUAUUACGCCAGGUUCCAACCCUACGGGCAACAGAGGUAUGGCUCCAGGGCUGCCCCACGACUGCCUUCCACUCGUCAGGAUGUGGAGCCAAAAAACUCCAAGGGCCGGGACGGCCGCAGCAGGUAGCCCCAGUAAACUUACAGGCAAGUGCAUGUUUUGAAGCUGGCAGACUACACUCUUUCCUGCAUGAGUGGUGUAAAAUUACCAGUGACCCUGUCAUUUUGGAUAUUGUUCAGCAUUGCCACCUUGAUAUUGAUGUCGAUAGUGUUCAUCCUUUAUUUUUUAAUGAUUUGGAAUACAGGUUCAACACUGUGCAACAGGGGAUAAUUUCUGGAGAGAUCAAAAAACUUUUACAGCUUAAAGUCAUUAAAGUCACACACAAACAAACUCAGCAGGUUAUCUCUCCUAUUUUUUUGCGAGAAAAGAAAAACGGGGAAUUUCGCCUGGUUCUUAACUUGGAGAGGUUAAACAAAUACAUACCAUAUAAACAUUUUAAAAUGGAAAA